UGCCAAAGAUCAAAGUAAGGAUGAGCCAACCAGUUUUGUUCCAAGCAGCCAUCCUUCCAUGCACCUUCUCCUCUGUCUAUAUAGUUGACCUUCUCAUCCCCGAGAGAGGACCCGGAAAAGUGGCUAUUUGAGAUUGAUUCAUAUUUUUGGGGAGGUAGUAAUUCCACCUUACUCGGCCCCGCAGUUGCAGGAAAGGAUGUCCAUAGCGGGGGUGAGCGAGUGUCCGGGGAAGGCCGGCCAAUACCGGGUGGAUCACCUCUUGAGCGCCGUGCAAAGUGAGCUGCAGGCCGGCAGUGAGAAGGGCGACCCCACGGAGAGGGAGCUGAAACUAUCUCUGGAUGAGAGCGAACUUUGGGGCAAAUUUAAGGAUCUUACGAACGAGAUGAUUGUGACAAAAAAUGGCAGACGCAUGUUUCCCGUGAUGAAAGUCAACGUGUCGGGACUGGACCCGAACGCCAUGUAUUCUUUCUUGCUGGACUUUGUAUCUGCGGACAACCACAGGUGGAAGUACGUGAGCGGGGAGUGGGUCCCCGGGGGGAAACCCGAACCUCAGACCCCUAGCUGUGUCUACAUCCACCCGGACUCACCAAACUUCGGCGCACACUGGAUGAAAGCUCCAGUCUCUUUUAGCAAAGUCAAACUCACCAAUAAACUAAACGGGGGUGGUCAAAUCAUGUUAAACUCCUUACACAAGUACGAGCCACGCAUCCACAUCGUGCGUGUUGGAGGCCCACGUAGGAUGGUCACCAGUCAUUCUUUCCCAGAGACCCAAUUUAUUGCCGUGACAGCAUACCAAAAUGAAGAGAUAACUGCUUUAAAAAUAAAGCACAAUCCCUUUGCCAAGGCCUUCCUGGAUGCAAAGGAAAGAUGUGAUGACAAAGAUAUUAAGGAUGAAACAAUUGAACACCAGCAGUCAACGUACUCACCGUUAGGUGGUUGGUUUCUGCCUGCAUCAGGCUCCCUCUGCCCUCCUGCAACUGCAAGUCCCCAUAGUCAAUUUGGAAGCCCCAUCGCCCUCUCGCCGUCCCACGGAUGCGAGCGCUAUUCCACGCUCAGGACCCACCGCUCAGCACCCUACAGCGCCUCUUCUUACAGCCAUCGGACUAACUCGCCCACAGGUUACAUUGAUAACUCCUCAGCAUGUCUGCCAAUGCUGUCAAGUCAAGACAACUGGUGUGGUCUCCAGAUGCCAACACACUCCAGCAUGAUGUCCAUGACCCACAAUUCAACCUCAGCUACCAACUCCAGUCAGUACACCAGCCUAUGGUCUAUGAGCAAUACACCGCUGACCCCAGUCACCCCGGUGUCCCACCAUUCUGGGGGAAUCAUGAACAACAACAACAACAACAAUCUGAGCUCCCAGUUCCUGAGAGGGUCCGGCAGUCACUAUCCCAACCUUGCUCACUCGGUCCCAGCGCCCUCCACUGGCUCGCCGAUGUAUGACAGCAGCAGCACCACCAUGGAGGGGCACGACUCAGCUCAGUAUGAUGCCUCUCUGCAGCGACAUUCUCCAGCCUGGACUCCUGUCACGCUCCCCUCCAUGUGAUGGAGUACCUACAGUUCAAUGUUUUCUUUUCUUAAUGCCAAGACUUUUUUGAAAUGACAUUUCUCAGGCUCAAGGAGAUGAAUUUGACAUCUUCAGAUGUUAACAUCUGAUUUUGUUUGUUACUAAGAGAAAUCAGCAGGUGAGGUUCUGUGCUUUUAAAUUGGAAACAAGAUCUGUAAUUAAUAUAUUUAUGAUCAUGAGCAUAACUGAAUGUUUAUCAUAUUGUUGGAAGUACAAUUCAAUUUUCAAUGCGCUUAUAUUAAGCGCAAUUCCAUGAUGAAGUAAUAUUACAUACAUUUCUAAAAGGGUUCAAAAAUUGAUUAUAGUGCAAAUAAGCAAGUGACUCUUGCAUACUUUAAACAGCUUUUUACGCAAAUACUAAAACAUAAUAGAGAAAUUCUUCAAAUGUCAAAAUGUAAGGAAAACUGCAUCCAAUAUCAGGUGGGGAUGGCAUUUCAAGUUUCGCUCUGAAUUUUCCUUAGAUAUCACAAUACGAUGCACCUUCUUAGGCAAACCAACUCCACUUAUGAAAAACAUACUUGGAAACUACCCAAUACUUAAACACUUCCUGCUAUAUGACAACACCAAACCUGUAACCUUUUCCUGUAAAGUUUUCUGAUUGUAAAUGUGUCAGAAAUUUCAUAUUUGGGAUAAAACUGUCAACA